GGAAAGGAGGUCUCUGUUCGCAUCGCUGCAGAAAACGGUGUUCGGCUCGUCAUUGAAUUUACAUCGGGUGAACACGUUGGACGUUUUAUCAUGGAAUUGAAGAAGGCGAUAAAUAGUAAGAAAUAUGUAAUGAGUAUGUAAUAUAUAAUAAAUGCAGCGCUCUAAGUCAAGCUAGCGCAAGUUCAUGUAUAAAUACUGAAUUUCCUGAAAAAGACAUCUCGAACGCGGUGGUCUAGUGUAGGUAGUAUUCUACAAUAAGCUGCGGCCGUGGUUUGUGCCUGAACUACAUGAAAAAGAUAUCCCAAACGUGGUGGUCCAGUGUAGGUAGUAUUCUACAAUAAGCUGUCGUGGUUUGUGUCUGAAUUUCCUCAAAAAGAUAUCUCAAACGUGGUGGUCUAGUGUAGGUAGUAUUCUACAAUAAGCUGCCGUGGUUUGUGUCUGAACUACCUGAAAAAGAUAUCUCAAACGUGGUGGUCCAGUGUAGGUAGUAUUCUACAAUAAGCUGCCGUGGUUUGUGUCUGAACUAUCUGAAAAAGAUAUCUCAAACGUGGUGGUCCACUGAAGGUAGUAUUCUACAAUAAGCUGUCGUGGUUUGUGUCUGAACUACCUGAAAAAGAUAUCUCAAACGUGGUGGUCUAGUGUAGGUAGUAUAUUCUACAAUAAGUUGUCGUGGUUAGUUGUGGCUGAACUACCUGAAAAAGAUAUCUCAAACGUGGUGGUCCAGUGUAGGUAGUAUUCUACAAUAAGCUGCCGUGGUUUGUGUCUAAACUACCUGAAAAAGAUAUCUCAAACGUGGUGGUCCAGUGUAGGUAGUAUUCUACAAUAAGCUGUCGUGGUUUGUGUCUGAACUACCUGAAAAAGAUAUCUCAAACGUGGUGGUCCAGUGUAGGUAGUAUUCUACAAUAAGCUGCCGUGGUUUGUAUCUGAACUACAUGAAAAAGAUAUCUCAAACGUGGUGGUCCAGUGUAGGUAGUAUUCUACAAUAAGCUGUCGUGGUUUGUGUUUGAACUACCUGAAAAAGAUAUCUCAAACGUGGUGGUCCAGUGUAGGUAGUAUUCUACAAUAAGCUGUCGUGGUUUGUGUCUGAACUACCUGAAAAAGAUAUCUCAAACGUGGUGGUCCAGUGUAGGUAGUAUUCUAUACAAUAAGCUGCCGUGGUUUGUGUCUGAACUACCUGAAAAAGAUAUCUCAAACGUGGUGGUCUAGUGUAGGUAGUAUUCUACAAUAAGCUGCCGUGGUUUGUGUCUGAACUGCCUGAAAAAGAUAUCUCAAACGUGGUGGUCCAGUGUAGGUAGUAUUCUAUAUAAUAAGCUGCCGUGGUUUGUGUCUGAACUACCUGAAAAAGAUAUCUCAAACGUGGUGGUCCAGUGUAGGUAGUAUGCUACAAUAAGCUGUCGUGGUUUGUGUUUGAACUACCGGAAAAAUAUAUCUCAAACGAGGGGUCCAGUAUAAGUAAUAUUGUACAACAAGAUAAAAUCUUUUUUUAGGAAGUUGCCACCAGAACCACUGCAGCGUCAUUUGUAGUGGCAGUAUAUUAAAUAUUUAAUUCAUUAUAUCAUUGUUCUUUAUACAGCUUACAAGCAACGAGCAAGUGUUGUCGGAGAGUCCACGUUCAAAUGGCUUGAAAAUUAUACCACUGUCAUGUUUAAACCAUCGGAUACAUCCGGUAAAUUAUUUAGUUAAAUUACACUGUAUGUUUUGAUUUACAUUAGCUAUAGUUUAUGGUUUAAGAGGAAUCCUAUACUAAACAAACUUUAUUUAUACUGGACAGCGCUAUCAGUUUUAAACUGUUCUAGCUUUUACGUUUGUGCACCUGUGAACUUUCUAAAAAUAAUUUUUUAGAUGGUCCAUCAUUUGAAAGUUAUCUUUUAUCGUUCAAUAAUUUGUCAUGUGAUACAUCUUCCAAAGAUCCAGACCCAUUCGAUUCAGGUCAGUAUGACAUUAUCAGAAUUUCUCGACAUCUCAUUUACCGAGGACAAAUGUUUCCCUUGGUAAAAAUGUUACUGUUCCAACCAUUAAAAAGUCGUAUAAAAUUUUUUACCCGACUUCAAAUAUCAAUUAAAAAGUAAAUACCCACCCCUGGCCAAAAACUUCACAAAAGGAUACCAUUCAGUUGCCACACAUGUCCUUUACCACUUCUGUGACAUGACUUUGAUAACUGCUUGUGCAAUUUUCUGGAGUCUAAAGUUUCAUGUUUCAUAUUUAAUAUCUUCACAACAUUUAGUUCAGAAUUAAUACAUUGUACUGAUAUUAAUUUGUGUCAUUGAGACUUAUUUCCGACCCAAACUCAAAGUCAUUGGAUACAAAAAACCCUUCUUAAUAGUUUCGUUUCUUCCUUCGAAACAUAAUCUUCUGUUCGAGGUAAUUGUCACUUUACAUUUAUUAUUCCUCAUUUUUUCUAGACAAUUUGGGGAUGCUGAACCUGAGUUCACCAGUGCUGUCUUCGAACGAAGUCGUCCGGAGGUCUCGCCCGGAAAGAGCGUCCUUCACCUCGAGCAGCACCAUAGCUGACGCACCGCUAAAUUUUAGAACCGAAAGGGAUACGUUUGUCAGGCUGCUGUUAGGAGAGCGAGAAGCCGAGUUUGUUGAUAUUCGGCAAAUGAGGUUGGUCAUGGAGCUGCGAUUAAACUAACUUUAUUGGAUAGUUCUAUCAGUUCUAAACUGUUCUCCCCAGAGGUCCAGUAAGGAUCAUCUCUUAUUGAUCCAGUGUUACUACAGGAGGAAACCUAAACUAACUUUAUUUAUACUGGAUAGCUUUAUCAGUUCCAAGCUGUUCUUCCUAGAGAUCCAGGAAGGAUCAUCUCUUAUUGAUUCAGUGUUAUUACAGGAAGAAACCUAGACUAAACUAACUUUAUUUACGCUGGAUAGCUCUAUCAGUUCUAAACUGUUCUCCCUAGAGGUCCAGUAAGGAUCAUCUCUUAUUAAUCCAGUGUUACUGCAGGAGGAAACCUAAACUAAACUAACUUUAUUUAUACUGGAUAGCUCUAUCAGUUCUAAACUGUUCUUCCUAGAGGUCCAGUAAGGAUCAUCUCUUAUUGAUCCAGUGUUACUACAAGAGGAAUCCUAAACUAAACCAACUGUAUUUAUACUGGAUAGCUCUAUCAGUCUGAACUGUUCUUCCUAGAGGUCCAUUAAGGAUAAUCUCGUAUUGAUUCAAUGUUACUACAGGAAGAAAACUAAACUAACGUUAUUUAUACUGGAUAGUUCUAUCAGUUCUAAACUGUUUUUCUUAGGGGUCCAGUAAGGAUAAUCUCUUAUUGAUCCAGUGUUAUAGAGGUGUGCGAAUCCGAUCCGGAUUCGGACAGUAAAUUACUCGGAUCGGAUCGGAUUUCGUUUUGUUUCUGUCGGAUCGGAUCGGAUUUUGCAGGUUUUUUGUCGGAUCGGUUCGGAUUUGAUUUUUCUUGUAUCACGUCGAAUUAUUCGAAUAUUUUUACAAAUUGAGAAAGUUCUAUAUUCUGCAGCUGUAUUCCACUUUUUACGUUACAAAUGGCAUCAGAAUUCACAAUGGCUUUGAGCAUAAAAGUAAUUCCAUAAUCUAUAUAGUCCAUACAAACUACAAACUACAAAGUUAAAGUAACGUUUUGCUCGCUCGCGAAAUCGCGAUUCGCGAAUAACGAAUGCCAUUAUGCCACCCAAAUUUGGACGUAUAUUUCUCAGUUUACGUACGGGAAUUGGAUAUAUAGGAAAUUUAGGAAUGUUGUGUUUUUUUGUUUGGUUUGUUAGGUUUAUGUAUCAUGAAGCCUGACAAUGAGGUUUAUUAGUGAUAAACUUUAAAGGGAAAUGGCAAUAUAUUUUUUUAUUUUCUCAUUUGAAAGAACAUUUAAAACCAUAUAUAAAACUCUUUUACCGUUUUUUCAUAUCUUGCUUACUUCUACAAAUAUUUUAAUCGAAAGAAAUGAAAUGUCCGCCAUUUUGAAUUUUUGUAGAUAUGCAUGUUACGUCACAACAGGGGUCAUGCAAUAUUUUUAUCUAUACAACCACUAAUCAUUUUGCACUCAAAAUUAUACACUGUCUGCCCUUGGAAAUAUCAAGAUCACUUGAAACCUUUAAAACAUCUACCAAUCAAUAUUUGGUCAACAACGAAUACUUUUAUAUGGUUAAUCCCUGUUGUGACGUCACCAAAACUACCGUUAAUGAGAUAAAAAAUUUAUCCAAGAUGGCUGACAUCUCAUUACUUCAAGUGAAAAUAUUUAAAGAACUAAGCAAGAUAUGAAGAAUCGGUAAAAGAAGUUAUUAAAUAGUUUCAAAAGUUCUUUCAAAUGAGAAAAUAAAAAAAUAUAUUGCCAUUUCCCUUUAAGAUGAAUUUUUUUUGUCGGUGUUGGUGUAGUGUACUCAGGUGAAUAUGAUAUUUGUGGUGUUACUCUGAGUGUAUAUCCACACCGGGCGAGCUUGAAAAAUAUGCCCGGCCACGGUGGGAUUCGAACCUACGACCUUUUCAAGCUCGCCCGGUGUGGAUAUACACUCAGAGUAACACCACAAAUAUCAAACUUUAAGAUGUUUUAAAAUGUAAACCUAGCUCAAGCUCAUGAUUUAUUAUACUGAAUAAAACAUUUUUGACUAGUUGGGUUUUUUUUCUAUGCUAAUUCUAAUAAAAUAUAAACUGCUGUUACUGUGUACUGUAAAUGUGAACGCUAUAAGGCAUAAUUAUGUGAUAUCGCCCUGCAAUUUUUAUCGGAUUCGUAUCUGCUUAUUUUUGCUAGAAAUUCAUUAUUUCCAAUAUAUCGUUUAUGAUCAUGAAAAAAUACGUUCAUAAUAAUUAACGCACGCUGUACAGCGUACACAACUUAAGUUCGGAUCGGAUCGGAUUACGAAUUUUAGCAUCGGAUCGGAUCGGAUUUUAUAAACAUUGUUUCGGAUCGGAUUCGGAUUGAGAACUUAGACAAACCAUCGGAUUGAGAGAGGUCAAUCCGAUCCGACGCACACCUCUACAGUGUUACUACAGGAGGAAACCUAAACUAAACUAAAUUAACUUUAUUUAUACUAGAUAACUUUAUUACUUCUAAACUGUUAUUAAUCCAGUGUUACUACAGAAAGAAACCUAAACUAAACUAAGUUAAUUCAGUUUGCUAUAAGCUAGUUCUUAAUUUUCAUAGAUUUCUAGUCUGCACUUGGAAUGUAAACGGGCAGGAGCCUGGGGGCGACUUACGGCGUUGGUUUACGACAGAUGAUGGCGCGCCUGACGUCAUAGCUGUUGGGUUUCAGGAACUGGACCUAAGUGCCGAGGCGUUUAUGGGACGCGACUCGAAGCGCGAGGCAGAGUGGCUGGAGAAAGUCAGAGUUGGUGUGAAUAAAGUCGGGAAAUACGAAAAAGUAUGCAGUAAAUUAUGAAAUAUUUUCACAAUUGGGUCUUCAUAGAAGCAAAGCAAUGGGCCUAUUCCCUAAUGAACAAAAUUUUGAUCUAGACAAGUCUAGACAAAAAUUUCAUCACAGCUUGAAAGAACAUCACAAAAUUAAUAAUAUUCCGAAGUUUCGUUGCGAAAUGUUGUAAAAUGCGGAUAAUAUAGCACUGCGAAGUUUGCCGUUUUUCAGUCAUUUUGUAUUACGCACGGGAAAUUGAUACCGCUUUCUGAAAAAAGGUAUCAAUUUGCCGUGCGUAAUACAAAAUGACUGAAAAACGGCAAACUUCGCAAGGCUAUAUUAUCCGCAUUUUACAACAUCUCGCAACGAAACUUUGGAAUAUUACUAAUUUUGUGAUGCUCUUUCAAGCUGUGAUGAAAUUUUUGUCCAGACUUGCCUAGAUCAAAAUUUUGUUCAUUAGGGAAUAGGUCCAUUGAGCACGAUUGCUGUGUUUCAUUUAUAAUUCUGGUGAUGUUUGUUCAAAACUCAUUAGUACUAAACCCAGAGUUAAAGUUUUGAAUAUAUAAAAUAUCCGACCAAUUCGUUUACCUACGCGGAGCAAUUUAUUUGAGACAUUUUGCCAAUUACCCUCAACGUUUAAAGAGACUUUAAGGCAGACGGCAAAUUUCAAAUCGUACUUUGAGAUCAUGCAUCAUUAUUUAUGGGGGGUGGGGGGCGGCAUCGAAGAGAAAAGGGUUGGGUAAACAAAAUUUUGAGUGAGUAAAAGGUUGGGUAAAUGAAAAGCAAAACAACUCAAAGGUUGGGUAAUAAAAAUGUAUUGUCAUUUCCAAAGCAUGACUCACUCAAAUAUUGAAGACUAAAAAGCAAUGUCAACAGUCAUGUUAUAUGUAAACAACGAGUUUGAGUGUUUCAUCAGGGGAUCCAAACACGAGAAAACUGUAUGAAACACGAGCGCGUAUUUCUCUUCAGUGGCACCCCCGGCGUCCAUAAAUUAUGACCGGGCCCAAAACUGUCGAAAACUUGUAGAACGUUGCUUCACUGUUUGUGACGUUUGUUGUACUGUAAACGUGAAUGAUAAGGUCUCUGAUAUAAUGCGGACACUUGCAAUACCUAGAAUUAUCCGUAGGCUUUUAGCCGAUUGGAAAACGAGUUUGUUUUUCCCGUCGUUUUAGGUGCAAUUCGUGCGUCUUGUUGGGAUGCUCCUUGUCGUAUUUAUCAAAAUCGAACUUCACAAUUACGUUCAAGAUGUCGAAACGAGAGAAGUAGGAACUGGAAUUAUGGGAAUGAUGGUAAGAGUCGAACGUGUUACCGGGAGAUGUGGCCUGUUUGUGGGAAAAACUUUAUUUUGUCCAUUGUACGAGACAAACUGAUAAAUGUCGAACCAAUAACCAAAACCAAAUAACCAAAAUUUUGAUCUCAACAAGUCUAGACAAAAAAUUCACCACAGCUUGAAAGAGCAUCACAAAAUUAGUAAUAUUCCAAAGUUUCGUUGCGAGAUGUUGUAAAAUGCGGAUAAUAUAGCCCUACGAAGUUUGCCGUUUUUCAGUCAUUUUGUAUUACGCGCGGGAGAUUGACACCGCGCUUUCUGAAAAAAGUAUCAAUUUCCCGUGCGUAAUACAAAAUAACUGAAAAACGGCAAACUUCGCAGGGCUAUAUUAUCCGCAUUUUACAACAUUUCGCAACGAAACUUCGGAAUAUAACUAAAUUUUGUGAUGCUCUUACAAGCUGUGAUGAAAUUUUUGUCUAGACUGGUCUAGAUUAAAAUUUUGUUUAUUAAGCAAUAUAGGACCAGUUUGGUCCGACAUUUGUUCUUCAAAGCAAAAUCUCAGGCCUAAUCUGUGUUUUAUAUUCUAGGGUAAUAAAGGCGGAGUUGCUGUAAGAUUCAGACUGUUUAAUACGACAGUUUGUUUUGUUAAUUCACAUCUGGCUGCACAUCAAGAAGAGGUCGAAAGAAGGAAUCAAGUGAGUCCGAGUUUUCUUUUAUAGAAAGGGUGUUCUAUUGUAUCUAAACAUAUAAAAAUUUAACAAUGGGAAAGUGUUGGCAAAGUUUCACUGACUCCAAAUGUAAGUUUUGGUAUGUGUAAUGAUAUUUGGGUCGCCGUAAAACUCCGAGUAUAAGCCCCCUCCCCCGAAUAUAGAAUAUUGCCAACCCCUUCGUCAUGAGCAGCGUUUGCGUGGAACAACUUGCGUUGUGAUGUAGUUUCUGAUCUUUCUGUAUUGCAAGAUUUAAAAAUUUAAUAACUUUAAUGUCUUCAAGACAAUAUAAGUCAUUUCAUGACACAUGUUUGAGAUUUAUGGAGUUUGGGCCUGUGUACAUCUCGAUUCAUAAAACUUACAUGAUUGUGUUGUUUGUGUGUAUAAGUAUAUUUUGAAGUACUAUUUAAAACAUGAGCAGCAAUGUUUUAUCAGAUAUAAAGAGGCGAAGCUGAGUAUUUUUAGGUUUGAUAAAACACGCACUGCGAAUGUUUUAAAUUGCUUUAAAGACGAUCGAUCUAGUAAGUUCAUUGGCGAAGUAAUUUUUAAAAAAUACGUUGUGUAAGUCGACAAAAUCAAAGUUAAAGUUUAUGUAAAUCAAGAGAAGUCUCUAUCACAUAUAAAGAUACGACACGCUUAUGAUUUUUCUCUGUGUUUUCCUCAUGAAUUAUUAAUGAGUUUUUGAAGUACUUGUAAACUAUACUGUGAACGAAUCUAUACAUAAAACAAGUUGGUUAACAUGUAAUUAUCUUCACUCGUCUGAGCAAUACCCAUCCCUGCAUUAAUAAAUACGUGUCCAAUAAUAAGCCCAUGGGCGUGUACACACGGAGGGUCUCGAGGUUUACAAUGCUAUCUGAUGAAGUGCAGACUGGCACAUGAUUUAAAAUGACCAGAUAUUUUAUAUUUGUUCUAGGAUUAUCGUGACAUCAUGGCUCGAUUAUCAUUCCCACGAAAUUCGCUGGGCAUAACAGAUCACGAGUAAGAUUUCCUAAAUCCUUUCACAUGUUAUCAUAGUCAUUUAAGAUUAUAGAUGAAGCGAUCACAAAAAUUACUGAGGCUGAUUAUUUUUAGUAGAUGGGAUUUUGUUUCUAUAGAUACAAAUUUGGAGCUCGAGAACUGGCCUCUGUAGCUUCGAAUUUUCGGUGGCCAUGCGCUAACAAUCUGAAACACACUGCAUUUGUUUUGUUAGGCAGGCUGUUCGCAAGAAAUUUCAUUCCAUAUUUCGUUUCAUUUCUUUAGUGUUGUAUUUUGGUUUGGCGACUUGAACUAUCGCAUUGACUUGCCAAAUGAAACAGUGAGAAACUAUAUUGACACAAACCAAUAUCACGAUCUAGUCGAGCACGACCAGGUAUAGUAUUCACGGCAAGCUUUUAGCAUGGAUAAUAAAAUAAAUGGAUAGGACUCUAGCUGACGUAAGCAAAAACAACCGAGUUGCAAUCUGUGACGUCACGCGUAUUGCAAAGUUCUCGGCAUUUUUGUUGUUUCGCUAGACUUUCUGCUUUAAAAGAGCAAUAUUGAAGCAUGAACUGGUCUAAUUGUUUUAAAAACACGCCUAAGCCACGACAAAGUAUUCAAGGUAAAUGUUUUUCGUCUUUGUUUUGUAUUUUUUUACAUUUGUAGCUACGAAAUUGACGUCCCCAAUUUUAACGAAAUUUGGGAUGCAUUUUUCACUUUUUAGUGCUUGAAAUAUUCGCUAAAAUUGACUGGGAAUAGAGAUUUCAAUGUAGAAUGGCGUAGUUAUAUUCAUUUGCUCUUUGACUAAAAUGUUUAGCUGUAUUAUUGCUAAACAUGCCGUUUUUGAGAAUUUGGUUUGCAACUAGGUUUCAACAUCCAAUCACGCCAUCAGUCCAUUGAAAACAUUAGGUCACGUCAGCUAGUUUCCUAUCCAUUUAUUUUAUUAUCCAUGCUUUUAGUAAUUUUAUUCAUUAGAAAUAGUUUUAAAAAAUACCUUCAAACACUUUUAAUAAAAUAAAUAAAAUAAAAUAAAUAAAAUAAAAUAAAUAAAAAUGUGUUCAAAACCUAAAUAUAUAUUUUGGCGUUCGUCUCAAAUUACUUUGUUUUAGCUUUAUUUUGUAGUUUACACAGUUGGCAACCUUUUUAAAUGUAUCUGGCGGUUGAGAAACACAAAAUAAUAGUUAAAUAUUGUCAAUUUAAAGACAAUUAUCAUUGAUGCUGUAAAAUUGACGCCAUAUUUAUACAACAAUAUAAGCAAAACUUACUGAACUUCAGACAUCAUUUUCUCUUUGGCGUACCAUCUAAAAUCUCUUCAUUUUAGCAUAAUUUUACAGAUAAAGUACUAAUAAAAUAUACAUGUAAAGUUUGUUUGCAUUUAAAAUAUGAAUGCGGUCCAACACCUCCUUACUUCGUUCACAGGGCUAACUAGAAUGUACUUUUUUGUUUAGUUGAUUGCUCAAAUGCGGAAUGAAAAAUGUUUUCAAAAAUUUAAAGAAGGAUGGAUCCAGUUUCAGCCAACGUAUAAAUAUAAUCCCGGAACUGACGAUUGGGACAGGUAAUUAUACCUAUUUAUACUGGAUAGCUUAGACUGUUCGCCCUAGAGGUCCAGUAAAGAUCAUCUUUUAUUGAUCCAGUUUUACUACAGGAGAAAACCUUAACUAAACUAACUUUAUUUAUACUGGAUAGCUCUAUCAGUUCUAAACUGUUCUUCCUAGAGGUCCAGUAAGCAUCAUCUCUUAUUGAUCCAGUGUUACUACAGGAGGAAACCUAAACUAAACUAACUUUAUUUAUACUGGAUAGCUCUAUCAGUUCUAAACUGUUCUCCCAGUAGAGGUCCAGUAAGGAUCAUCUCUUAUUGAUCCAGUGUUACAUAUUGUUCAGUGUCAUUAAUUUGUCUCGCUUCUUUAUAUAGUGAGAAAGACAGAAUUCCUGCUUGGUGUGAUCGAGUGCUUUGGUGGACAUCGGGGAACAACUCGGUACAACAGAUGGCGUACACUAGUUGUCCCCAGUUGAAACUUAGUGACCAUAAACCUGUUCAUGCUUUAUUUAAUGUCAAUGUAAGUUAUAUGUUUUAAAUUUUAAAAUGCGUAUGAAAGAAUUUUAACUUCCGCUUCGAAAGUCUUCUCUCAAUGAAGCGUGGUUUCCCGGCAUAUGGUCGUAACGGUCGUAAAGAUAUCAGAGAGGUUAAGAUACCUCGGUUUCGGUGUGCGGGUACGAGUAGUGUCAUCUUGUUUUACUGAUGUCUGUAAUUCGAUCACACUUUUUCUGUUUUCUUGCAAUAGACAAUGAUAUAAUGCGAAAAAUGCGCACCUUAAUUACGAGUAAAGGUACAGACAUCGACGAAAAUAUUGCUAGCCAAAAUCAUGCUACCCGUACUACACUAGGAAUGUUCGGUAUGAGAAAUUUCCGGUAUCGGUAUACCGAAAAAAUUAUACCGAUAUUAUCGGUAUACCGGUUUUCCUUUGAUAAUUAUAAAGGAAAAUUCUUUAAUGGAAGUUUGAAGGAAAUUUUGAGUAAUUCUAAAAGGGAAAACGAUAAUUUCGAAGCUGUUUCGAAGGACAUGCACGUACUCAGUGUAAAAUCUCACUGAAGUGGAAAUUCUAAAUCAUUGCAGUAGAAAGUUCUUUGAAUUGCUAUUCAGUAGUAAAAUAAAGGUUAUGGUUUCGCCAUAUAGUUGGUAAAUUUAACACGGUACACCGAAAAAUUCCGGUAUAUCCGAAAUUUCGGUAUAUCGGUAUGGUUGAAUAUCCGGUAUCGAUAUACCGAUAUUGAUUUAAUACCGAUAUUUUCGGUAUAUCGUUAUACCGAACAGUCCUAUACUACACCGAAACCGGGGUAUCUUAACCUCUCUAUCGAUUGAGUCACGAUCUUUCUCAUCAGCCAAAAUACAACAUUUCUGAACUGAAAAUACGCGAGUGAUUAGAACUAGAGAAUACUUAUGAUUUAUAUGUGGUUUACAGGUAUAAACUAUUAUAAACUGGCGUUUGAGAAAGAUCGUCACUCUAUUUUUACGACCAUCACGACCAUAUAGAAACCAGACUUAAGACCAGUUGUAUGACAAGAAAUCAGAAAAUCAUUAUUUUAUUUCUUUUCUAAUUUGAACAUCAUCAAUGCAUAACCCGUUGAAAUAUAUGGCUUCCGCAGUAAACAGUAAAUUAUAUUACGCGAUGCUGCAUGUAAAUCACAAAAUAAGAGAUUACCGUAGGUCGUUUACAAUUUGUCUCAAUUGCUGGUUACAGAACAUAGUUUGUAGAAAUAUUCAGUGUAAUGUUUGCCUGGUGUAAGUUACUGCCUAUUCUGCAUUCUCGUUUGUUCCUAAUGGCAUUAGUGCGGUGUUCUUAUAUAGAGUUAAAUAGACAAAUGUCUUGAAAACUAACCUCUGUACAAAUAUUGAAAAUACAGAAUAGGCAGUAACUGAAAUCAGGCCAACACUACACUAAAUACUUCGACAGACUUUGUUUGGCAGCCAGUGAUUGAGGAAAGUUGCAAACGACCUACUUUAUUCUCAAAGCCUUCGACUCCAUGGGGCUUCUAAUUAUAGUACAAGACUUACUGUUAAACAAUCAUACUAUUUACCAUUAUGGUAUCUUUAAUAUAAGAUUCCAAGGUGUUAAAAUAUGGAAUUCUUUAGAAGAAAAUGUCAAAUCUCUCUCUUUCUCGCAAUUCAAAAAGAGAAUAAAAAUUGAAAUGAUCCAGAAAUAUUGAGAAUUGUAAUAAAAACUAACUUUAUUAUUUGAUGUAAAAAUGAACAUUGUAAUGAGGUUAUUUUGUGUGCAGUUCUCUCCAACAUCCUGUUGGAGACGGCUGUUCUGUGAGCUUGUUAUAUGUUUAUAUUUCCCCCAGUCCUUGUUGGCUGCACCUCUUUCCAGCCCUUAUGGUUAUUUUGUGCAGCCACUACUCUAACUCAUAAAUAUGCCUAAAUAACGUAUGUAUUAUAACGUAUGUAAAUAACUAAUUUUCUUUUCUUGUGAGUACGAAUAAAGGUUUCUUCUCGAUCAGGUUGAGCUGCAUCCUUCGUAAUUCAGCUUAGCUCUCAGCUGUCGGUAAAGAUGAUAGCACAUCCCACUUACUUAUUCCAUAUUACCUUCAGUUUAUGACAACAAAUUGAGACGUUUCUCUUCGCUUUUUAGGUGAAAGUCGUUGACAAAAGGCGAGAGAAAUCAGUUUUGGAGGAAGUUGUUCGCGAACUGGACAAACGAGAGAACGACUUCUUACCACAAGUUGAACUCAAUAUCAAAGAGGUAAGUAUAGAUUUUAAAGUGGCACUCGCGUCAAAACUUUUAUUUUCUUAUUUUCUUAAAAUGCUCUUAAAACUGUAUAGUAACUUGUUUUUAAGAUUUUUGUUCCCAUGCUUAAUUCUUGAGAUAUUUCAUUUUUUUGUAACCCUGUGACGUCAAUGACUCAAUUGCAUACAUAAUGAGACAUCAGUAAUUGUUGUGUAUCUUCGCUGUUUUUGAUGGAUCUGUUUAAAACAAACAGUAUGCUUAAUGAUGUAGGUUAGAUUAAGAAACGCGCUGCAUCUUUGAAAAGAUUUGAUAAAAAAUAGCAAACAUACACAACAAUUACUGAUAUCUCAUUAUAUAUGUAAAAUGAAAUAUCUCGAGAUGAAAUAUCUCGAGAAUUAAGCAUGGGAAAAAAAAUCUUCAAAACAAGUAACUAUGCAGUUUUAAGAGCAUUUUAAGAAAAUAGAAAAAUAAAAAUUUUGACGCGAGUGCCACUUUAACAGUUUGAAGGGUUUUUGUACAGUAGAUGGAAAUAAGGAAGUAGGGCCUAAAGUUGUAUUUUUCGCUUCUGUUCCUGGUUUGGUCAGUAAUAAAUGUAAACAAAUUUUCACUGGAUAAUUUCCAUUCAACUGCCUUUAGUAUCAAUGUGUCGAAAUUGUAAACGAAGUUUGAAAUCGCAGAAUAGACCUUAUGCAUAAUGACGUCACAGAUGCCCGCGAGGAAUGCUGGUCUUAGUAGUCAUCGCGCGGGAAAAUUUCGAUAGUGGCCGUUUUGAAUUGUUUAAUUUUCCCGGGCGAUGACUGCUAAAGCCGGUUACAGACGAGCAAGUUUUCUAUGACAAGUUUUUAUGUGACAAGUUUUAUUUGCCAAGUGCACAUGUGUAUAUGCAACAAAUUUGAUGUGACAAGUUUUCAUAUGACAAGUUUUAUUUACUGGUGUGAACGUGUCAACAAGUUUACUUUGACAAUUUAUUAGGCAUGGCCAGCAAUGUAAUAGUACAGCGGACAACGCGAGCGCUGGCCAAUCACAUGAUCAAAUGCUCAGAUUACUUUGACAAGUUUUAUUUGUUGACCCAUACAGACGAACAAAAUUUGUACUUUGACAGUUUUUUCUAAGACAAGUGCACUUGUUCAAAAGCUAGCAUGCUAGCUUUUGAACAAGUGUACUUGUCAUAGAAAAAAUUGUCAAAGUUGCGCGAACAGACGAGCAAAUAAAAACUUGUCAUAGAAAACUUGCUCGUCUGUAACCGGCUUAAGACCAGCAUUCCUCGCGGGCAUCAAGCCUUGUGACGUCAUUAUGCACAAGGUCUAUUGCAUUGCUUUCUCUUUCAGUUACAUUUUGGAAAUAUUCAGUUUCUGGAAAAGAAAUCUCAAAGUUUCGAAAUCAUCAACGUUGGACAGGUAAUGUAAUCAUUCCAAUGUAUGUUCCAACUUUAAAAUGUUUAGUUGUUUCGUGUAAGAAAAUCCAUGUUGCAUACUUCUGCGUUCUUUUAUUAAAUAGGUUGCUGUACAGUACACGUUUAUCCCGAAAUUACAAGAAAAGCAUUUUUGUAAACCAUGGUUGAUCAUAGAUCCGUGUGCUGGUCUCGUUAAACAAAGUAAGUUUUAGGGAAAUGUAUACGCAGGACAGCAUUAGUGUGAAUUAGCAGAAUUUAUUUAUACUGGAUAGCUCUAUAAGUUCUAAAUUGUUCUUCCUAGAGGUCCAGUAAGAAUCAUCUCUUAUUGAUCCAGUGUUACUACCGGAGGAAACUUAAACUAAACGAACUUUAUUUAUACUGGAUGGCUCUAUCAAUUCUAAACUGUUCUUUCUAAUCUCUUAUUGAUCCAGUGUUACUACAGGAGGAAACCUAAACUAAACUAACUUUAUUUAUACUGGAUACUGUGGAUAGCUCUGUCAAUUCUAAACUGUUCUUCCUAGAGGUCCAGUAAGGAUCAUCUCUUGUUGAUCCAGUGUUGCUACACGAGGAAACCUAAACUAAACUAACUUUAUUUAUACUGGAUAGUUCUAUCAGUUCUAAACUGUUCUUCCUAGAGGUCCAGUAAGGAUCAUCUCUUGUUGAUUCAGUGUUACUACAGGAGGAAACCCAACCUAAACUAACUUUAUUUAUACUAGAUAGCUCUAUCAGUUCUAAACUGUUCUUCUUAGAGAUCCAGUAAGGAUCAUCUCUUGUUGAUCCAGUAUUAUUACAGCAGUAACCUUAUUAAUUAAGUCGUUUUCGAUUACAGAUGAUACCAAGACUGUCAAUAUCGCGGUAUUCGUGGAUAAAGAUUCCGCGGGUCCACUGACUGCGGGUAAAGAAAAGAUUGAAGAUAUUCUGGUGUUACAUUUACAAGGAGGAAAAGAUAUCUUUGUAUCUUUUUUACCUAUCUAUAAAUUAUCAUGAGGUGGUGCAUGAGGGAGCCUUACUGCCCACUCUCCUCUGCAGUCUGCAACGCUACUAUAUCCCAACAUUUCCAUUAUUUGAGAUGGCCGAAUCUGCAUGUUCGCCGUUUUGUUACGUUUUACAUUAUCUUUUGUCUAUAACGUUUAUAUUGACUUUUUAUCACGUAUGCGUGACUGGACAGUUGCUGUAGCACAGUACAGUAAAUUUGCAUGUUAAAGUACGGUAUAUUUGAAAAUAUGGCUGUAUAACAACCUCGAUAUGUUUACAUAUUUAACCAUGAUGAUAUUUCAUUUAAGCAUUCUGAGUAUUUUCUCGUGAGCUCACAAAUCAAUUAAAUUGUUUCAGAAAUCGGCACGCGCUACAGUAUAGAAGUUUCACUAAUUGCUAUUCGAAAAGCAAAAAAAGUAUGGUCAAGCAGAUUUUUUUAGGGUGGUGCUGGACUUCUCCAGGGGGUGAAAGUAAAAUUGUCAAGGAAAACGUACUUAAACUAGCUAUAAUUUAUACUGGACGGCUUUGUCAGUUUCACGUAGCUAAUAUAUUUCUUUCAAUCAUGAAAUUUGCUGUGUUGGUGUAAUGUACUCAGGUGAAUAAGAUGUUUGUGUGAUGUUACUCUGAGUGUAUAUCCACACUGGGCAGGCUUGAAAAAUAUGCCUCGCCACUGUGGGAUUCGAACCUACGACUCGAAUCCCACCGUGGCGAGGCAUAUUUUUCAAGCCUGCCCGGUGUGGAUAUACACUCAGAGUAACAUCACACAAACAUCUUAUUCACCUGAGUACAUUACACCAACACAGCAAAUAUCAUGAUUAUUAGAUUACACUGAUAUCGAAGGAACUAGACUCAGUUCCGAAAUAUCGCAUACUCGAACCGACCUGACCGCGUAGCUCAGUAGGCAGAGCAUUGGGCUAGUAUUCCAAAGGUCGUAGGUUCGAAUCCCACCGUGGUCAGGCAUAUUUCUUUCAAUGUUGAAAUGUCUUAACAAGUGAGUAGGUACCGAUCACUGCGACGUACAUACCUAGUGUGUUUGGCUCAUGUAUUGAAAGUCUCGUGUUUCUAUAUCGACCCAUACAAGACGUACCUGUGGCAAAACUUAUUGAUGUGGUGAGUGAGAUACAGACUGACUUUAUUUAUACUGGAUAGUUCUAUCAGUUUUAAACUGUUCUUCCUAGAGGUUCAGUAAGGAUAAUCUCUUAUUGACCCAGUGUUAUACUACAGGAGGAAACCUAAACUAAACUAACUUUAUUUAUACUGGAUAGCUUUAUCAGUUCUAAACUGUUCUUCCUAGAGGUCCAGUAAGGAUCAUCUCUUGUUGAUCCAGUGUUACUACAGGAGGAAACCUAAACUAAACUAACUUUAUUUAUACUGGAUAGCUCUAUCAGUUCUAAACUGUUCUUCCUAUAGAGGUCCAGUAAGGAUCAUCUCUUAUUGAUCCAGUGAUACUACAGGAGGAAACCUUAACUAAACUAACUUUAUUUAUACUGGAUAGCUCUAUCAGUUCUAAACUGUUCUUCCUAGAGGUCCAGUAAGGGUAAUCUCUUAUUGAUCCAGUGUUACUACAGGAGAAAACCUAAACUAAACUAACUUUAUUUAUACUGGAUAGCUUUAUCAGUUCUAAGCUGUUCUUCCUAGAGGUCCAGUAAGAAUCAUCUCUUAUUGAUCCAGUGUUACUACAGGAGGAAACCUAAACUAAACUAACUUUAUUUAUACUGGAUAGCUCUACCAGUUCUAAACUGUUCUCCCUGGACGUGCAGUAAGGACAUCUCUUAGUUUUAUAACAUCACUAGGUCUAUAUGUCGUUUGUUUUAUAAUGGCAGGAAUGUUCACAAUUGGAUGCAAGACCUGUAGACUCAAAGGCGUUAGAUUUACCGAAAGAAUUAUGGUUGCUGGUCGAUCAUUUGCAAAAACAUGGGAUGAAAGAGGUAUAGAACGUUCUCUUGACUCACAGGAGUUUAAUUCUCACUAUAUAAAGCCUGGCUCGCAUAUGCCUGCGGUAUGUCGGCGGGCUAUUGUCGUUAGCAGUUCAACCAAAUAAUUCACAAAAGAAUGUAUUCAUCAACAGCUGUAAACAAUGAUAGAGCGUGCAU